CCGAGGCAGCCCGGACGUCUCCUCCAGACACACAUGCAGCAGCUCAUACACUAACCCGAUUGCUUGUGCAACCUCUCACUACUCUACCACACACAAACCCGUUCAACUACUACAGUAUGGACCCGCGGCAGCAGUGCGCACACCAUUCACUCUGCAUCACCUGUAGGACAGAGCGCACGGGAAACUUAACGAUCAGAGGCGUGUCACCCCUCGGUCGAUUCCUGAUUCUGGCUUUGUCUUUGAGCUUGUGCAUCGCCGAGGUGUCGAUGCAGCCGGCCACAGAGACGCUGUGCGGCGGAGAGUUGGUGGACACUCUGCAGUUCGUCUGCGGGGAGAGGGGUUUCUACUUCAGCCGUCCCCACCCGCGGGGUGGCAGGCGCUUCCAGGGGGGGAUCGUGGAGGAGUGCUGUUUCAGGAGCUGCGCCCUGGAGCUGCUUGAGCAGUACUGUGCCAAGCCCACCGUCACCGAGAGGGACCUCAGUCGACACAUCAUGCCCGCAGCUCACACGGAAACGAUCAAUCGGGCGUACCCCGUGCGCCUCUCCCUGUGGCCAAGGCAGUCGAUCCAGAGGCUGCGGCGUGGCGUACCCGCCGCCAAGUCCCGGGCGCUCCGGCGCGCCCUACUGGCGGAAGGCUACCGUGCCUCAGAAGAUGGCGCCCUGCACCGACCUCUUGGUGGCGUUGGCGUUGGCGUUGGCGUUGGCGUUGGCGUUGGCGGUGGCGGCAGUCUCCUGGAAGGCAGGUCUCUGAAGGAUGGCCACCAGUCCAUCAGACCAGUGCCCCUGCUCCACAGGAGGUCUCCACACAGCCACCAAGAAGAAGACGAAGAAGAAGCCGCCAUCAUGGCGCUGCUGGGUUACCGGCCCAGUAGGCUUCACGGCCGCAAGGAUGCGAGGCGUCGGAGGCCCCUUACAGAACUGUUUCAGACGCACACCGCCCGCAAAUGAAGAGAGAGAGCGACUGAUACCGCAGACACACACACACACAAAAACUCUUGCCAGGAGUGAACUGAGUGAUAGUCACCCGUAAUAAAAAACUUCCUGCUACGUCUGAGGCACACUGACAAAAAAGACACACACAUGAACACAUACAUGAACAGACAAACACACACACUCACUCGUAUGUCACACCAUACAUGCUAACACAUGCUAUAUAUCUCCCUUUCAUUGUCUGUUAGACUCCCAAACAGACGUGUGUGUGUGUGAGCUUGACAAACACACACACACAGACACCCACAUGAACACACACACACACACACACACACACACACACACACACACACACACACACACACACACACACACACACACACAGAUUUGUUUUCCGACUCAAACGAAGUUUGUUUCCUAUGUGUCGUCGAGGUGAGGAAAAAAAAAAGAAAGAAAAGAAACCGUCGACACUUUGGAGCUCUCCGUGACCCCCCCCCCCAAAGGGAUUGGAUGAUGUGGAAAAAUGAGAAUGUGUUUUUUUUUUUUUUUGGUUUGUGCGUCUGCACCUUUUUUUAGAUCAACUUAAGAGUCAGCCAAAGGUGACGGACCACUGGUGACCCAAACGAGCACACCCCAGGGCACGAGUCAGUCUGAUCACUUUGUGGUGCUAUCGUCGGAGGACAUGGACACGAAAGAGCCGAGGAGGGAAGAAAUAGGGAACGCCAUUGACGACAUUGCGUUCCGUCAUAACUCUUGACUGACUUUACUGUGGCUUUCCGUUUUAAGGAAAGCUGGACUUUUUAAAAGGAAAAAAAGACAUAUAUAGUGAGAAAAAAAGCUUGAUUUGUGGCUGAGCAAAGAUGGGAGGUCAGUGUUUUUUAUGUCUCCAAGAGGGGUGAGCAAAAAAGGGAACCAAAGAAGUGUAUACUGAGUCAACAAAUUAACAAACGUCACAACUUGCAAAAGACUGAAAAUACUAGCCAUAAAGGUCCAAUGAGCAUAGAAAACCACACUUACACUGGUCUCAACAUCCGCAAAACUCACGUAGAAAACUGUCACAGAUGUGUCUGUUAUUGUUUUCCUCUCUGUCAGCUUUUCCAGAUACUUGCUACUCUAAAGAUGUACAUGUGGAAGUGCUUAAAAACUUAAGGAGGGGAAAAGCAAUAAUGCUAUCAGCCAUUCUAUUCAUCGAGAAUACACAAACGCCAGUCUGAGAAGAAAUACUUGAAUCCGUUUCAUUGUCCUACAAAAUGCAGAAAACAUAUGGGAUGAUUAUAGAUGUAUUAAAUGUUCUCUACAAAAGGCGGAAUCCCAUUUCUAAAAGUAUUAAGGAUUAAAGCAAGGCAUUUGAACUUUUGCAUAUUUUUGAAAGCCAUGGUACCAGUGUAACCAAGUGUAAAGGCAUUUCAAUGUCAAUUGAAUUGCGUGAAGUGAAUCUCAGUUUUCCAUCUGUGUUCAAAUGAUCUGUUUUUUAUGGAAUGUCUGUUUAGGAUGAGUUGUGCUCCUUGGAAUGUUUUGAAGUAUUACCUGCCCUUGAGAAUCUGCAGUCUUUGGAACGCUGCUUUAGAAUGCAUUUUUAUCAUUUGAAGACACUCACAAGGGGGAGCAGAUUUUUAGUUUUUUCCGUACUUCCCUCUCUCUGGAAUGAGCCCCUCUGAUGAUUCUCUCUUUGCUCAGACACAGGGAAAAAAGCACUGUACAAAGGCAUUAUUUAUUUUCUUAAUGAAAAAAAUAAUAAAUAGAAUUAUUAUUGAAUAUGGUCCAAAUGACAUGUAUGUAUUCAGCAAAAGAUGCACAGCUGUUGACAAGCCUUUUUUUGUAUGUGUUUCUUUUUAUCUUGUACUGCUUCAUUGAUGUGUAGAUGCUUUGUACCAAAAAACAAACAAAGAAACAAAAAAGAAAGAAGAAAAGAAAAGAAGAGAAAAACAAAAGACAAAAAAAAAACUAAAGCCGUCCUUCUGUUCCUCUGGUUUUCCCACUGAGUAAAGUCCAAGUGCUCUUCUUAA